AUGAAGAAAUUUUAUUCAAGUAAAUGAUUUCACAUAUUUAUAAGCUAUACAAUAACUAGAUAUAUUUGGACAGACAAUCGCAUUAAAUAUCAAUAAAGAAUCAAACUACAAAACAAUUUUCGGCGGAAUUUCAUCAAUAUUAAUAAUUGCGAUUUUGAUUGCAUUUUUUUUUUCAAAUGUGAUGGAUUUCUUAAAUUAAACAGAGAUUAUCUUCUCUGUGGAGAGAAAAUUUUCAGAAAAUCCAGAUGAGAUGAUUUUAUCAUCUUAAAAUUAUAUGGCAGCAUUUUCGAUAGAAUAAGUAGCUUAUGUAAUAAAUCCAUACUUUAACAUCUCUAUCGAGCAAAGGUAUUAUUAUAUUGAUUCAGAUAAUAUAUUCGCGAUAUUGAUGGAAAGUUAACAAAGAAUAUAAAUUAUAUUCAAUUGGAACCUUGCACUCUAUCACAUUUCGACCUUUUAUUAAAUGAAUCGGACGUAAAUUUUUAAGAACAAUUCAAUCAACUAGAUUUAUCAAAUUGGUUAUGUCUUAAGUAAGUUUAUUGAAUAAAUUAAGAAAGGAUUUUCAAUUCAAACUUAGUGGUACAUAUACAAGCUAAGAAUUUAAUUUUAUAAAAAUAGUUGUAAAUGAUUGUGUGUAAAGAAAUGAGAGUGAAACAGGGUGGAAUCCGAUUUGUGCUUCAGAUUAAGUGAAACAGAAACAUUUAUAAAAGGAAGGAUAAUUUAAAUUUUAAAUUUAUUAAGUUAAUUCGGUUGUAAAUCCAGGAUAACCAAAGACUUAUGUGAGCUCAUAUUUGGAUGGAGAAAUGUAUUUUACAUUUGUUCCAAAGAAGAUGUCCAGAUAAGCAAAUUUAUUUUAUAGGAAAUAUAAAUUUUAUAAUGACUAAUCAUUAUUACCACUGGAGUAUUUGAAUAUAAUAUAAUACCAGAAAUAUCCAUGAAUAGGAAGUAAUAGUGAGAGAGAAUGCAGAUUAUAGAGAUUUGACAGAGAUUGGAAGAGAAACGGAUGAUAAAUAUGCAAUAAUUUAUUUAAGAAGGAGUUAAUUUACAGAGAUAGUUAAUAGAAGAUUUACAUAGAUAGGAGAGUUACUUUCUUAUUUAGGAGGAUUUUUACAGAUAAUGAUAACUGGAUUAGGGAUAUUUAUUAUUUAUUACAAUAAAAUUCAGAGUAAAAAUUUUUAAAUAAAUUGAUAGUGCAAAUAGAUUUAUCAAAUAAACUAUAUAAUUUUAAAAUAAGUAAAGGGAAUAAUAUAACAUAAUAAAGUAUGGUUAAGCCAACCUAGGUUUAGAAUGCAAAGUUAUCAUCAUUAUCUGCAGCGGAUGAUUCAUAGAACUUAAAUUUAAAUGAGAGUUUGGGGGAAGAGAAAUAUAGGAAGAAUUAUUUGAAGAAUGCAAUAAUAAAAUAGUUUCAGUAGAUGAAUAAGAUAAGUUUAUCAUUGAAAUUAAUUUUAAAUUAGAUGACUUUUGGAUUUCUGUUUGACAAUAACGAUUCUAAAUUUUUGAAUAAAGCUAUGUACGAAUAUUGAAGUGUAUUAUAUAAGAAAUUAAGUGAACCACGAUUUAAAUAUUCAUGACAUUUUGUAUAGGAUAUAGGAGAUACAGAAAUUAAAACAAGUAUUAUUGAGACGAUCUCAAAUAAUUUUAUUUAAUUUUACACCAAAACCUGAGAUUUCACUAGAUGAAAACUAUUAGUUACCGAAUCGAAUGGAUAUUGAAGAGAAUUUAAGUGAUUUAGUAAAUUCUAAUUUUAGUGACAAAACUGAUAAAAAUUUAUUUUAGGAUUUAUAUCAUGUAAAAUUGUAUAUAUUUAAAUAAAGGCAUAUUUAGAGAUAAAAAAAGAAUUAGAGGAUGAAUCGAUGCCUUUUUGUUAAUUUUCAUUGAAUGCUUAAUUAGCAUUGGAAUUAGGUAUGUAGAUGUAGGAGAUAUUCAAGAAUUAGGAAUAGAUUGAGAAUUAAGAGAGAGUAGCAUUUUCAGUUAUAUUAAAAUCUGUAAAUGAAUGA